AUUCGUGUGACCCGGAUAUGCGCAGUAAAUAACUUCCUUGUAUUGAAAUCGACAGAGGACACACUAAAGAACCAAGUGUUACGACAAACAAGAAUGAUUAAGUGCAUACUAAAGGCUGUGUGGAUAAUUACAUUUUUUUUCUCCGUUGGAAUAAAUUCACACUUUUGUAAAUAUCACGUUUGCCUGACAUGGACUGUUAGUGACCAAGUACUAAAUUUGAGUUGCAGAGUUAGUAAUCUACAUUUCCGGGUUAAAAUCCAGGACCCAUCUGGUAAACUUAUGGGAGAAUGUGUUCCAGGUCAGAAGAAAUCUAGCUGUGAUGAAUAUGCAAAAAAUGUGGUUAUUGCACAAAAUAUUAAAACAAACGAAACCACUUGUAUGAUACGUGGAAUAAUAGAUAACAGUCUAAAUGGCAAAUGGAAAUGUCUACAUGGUACAAAUACAGGUUUAGCAGAGGUUGAAGUCACAGUGCUACGAAAUAAAGAACAACAUGAAGUAAGUAAUAUUACUUGA